GUGCCGCACGCGCACCCGGUGCAGCAGCAGGAGGGCGUUUAAAAAGAAAAAGAAAAAGAGUAAAAACACAUCAUUCGGGCACUGAUGCUGUAGGAGCUGCGCUGCGAAAAGCUCAUGACCAGAAUAAAAAAAAUGGCUUGUCUCAUGGCAGCCUUUUCCGUGAGCAACACGACGGUGACCAACUCCAUCAUCAUGAACACCAACGGACCCCCUGAUCUCAUGCUGGACCCCCGGACUGUGUGUGUGUCCAUUGACGAAGUGAUGAACACCGGGAGCCAACACACGCCGUUGCUGCAGGGCCACUUGAAGAAGGUGGAGAACAGCCUCACCGAAGCGCAGCGCUUCUCCUACUUGCCGCGGCGGCCUGCUGUCAACAUCGAAUUCCACGAGCUCUCCUACUCUGUGCCCGAAGGAGCGUGGUGGAGGAAGAAAGGUUACAAGACCCUUCUGAAAGGUAUCUCGGGGAGCUUCACCAGUGGCGGCCUGGUUGCCAUCAUGGGUCCCUCGGGAGCCGGAAAGUCUACUCUGAUGAACAUUCUGGCCGGUUACAGAGAAACGGGUAUGAAGGGGGAGAUCCUGAUCAACGGGCAGCCCCGUGACCUGCGCUCCUUCCGCAAGGUCUCCUGUUACAUCAUGCAGGACGACAUGCUGCUGCCGCAUCUCACGGUGCACGAGGCCAUGAUGGUAUCGGCCAACCUGAAGCUGCAGGAGAAGGACGAGGGCCGCAGGGAGAUGGUGAGGGAGAUCAUGAUGGCGCUGGGGCUCCUGGCGUGCGCCAAGACGCGCACGGCCAACCUCUCUGGGGGACAGAGGAAGCGUCUGGCCAUCGCGCUGGAGCUCGUCAACAACCCGCCCGUCAUGUUCUUCGACGAGCCCACGAGCGGUCUGGACAGUUCCUCCUGCUUCCAGGUGCUCUCGCUGUUGAAGGCUCUGGCUCGGGGCGGACGGACCAUCAUCUGCACCAUCCACCAGCCCAGCGCCAAACUCUUCGAGCUCUUCGACAAGCUCUACGUGCUGAGUCAAGGCCAGUGCAUCUACCGAGGGAAGGUCUCGAACCUUGUGCCCUACCUCCGUGAGCUGGGGCUCAACUGUCCCACGUACCACAACCCUGCUGACUUCGUGAUGGAGGUCGCCUCCGGGGAGUACGGGGACCAGACGGCCAGGCUGGUGAAGGCCGUGCGGGAGCGGAGGAGCGAGAAGGAUUUCAAGACGGAGAUCCAUAAGAACGGGCCCCUCAACCCGUUCCUCUGGCAUCGACCAUCCGAUGAGGACUGCUCCUCCAAAGAGGGCUGCCACAGCUUCUCUGCCAGCUGCCUCACUCAGUUCCGCAUCCUGUUCAGGAGGACGCUGCUCAGCAUCACGAGGGACUCGGUGCUCACUCACCUGCGCAUCACCUCCCACAUUGGGAUCGGCGUCCUCAUUGGACUCCUCUAUCUGGGCAUCGGCAACGAGGCCAAGAAAGUGCUCAGCAACUCCGGCUUCCUGUUCUUCUCCAUGCUCUUCCUCAUGUUCGCCGCUCUCAUGCCCACCGUGCUGACAUUUCCGCUGGAGAUGGGGGUGUUUCUGCGAGAGCAUCUCAACUACUGGUACAGCCUGAAGGCCUACUACCUGGCGAAGACCAUGGCUGACGUUCCCUUCCAGGUCGUGUUCCCAGUGUUGUACUGCAGCAUCGUCUACUGGAUGACCUCACAGCCCCCCGAUGCUGUGCGCUUCUUCCUCUUCCUGGCGCUUGGCAUCAUGACCUCCUUGGUGGCCCAGUCUCUGGGACUGCUGAUCGGGGCAGCGUCCAACUCUUUGCAGGUGGCCACGUUUGUUGGCCCGGUGACGGCCAUCCCAGUGCUCCUCUUCUCCGGCUUUUUCGUCAGCUUUGACACCAUUCCCAAGUACCUCCAGUGGAUCUCCUACAUUUCGUACGUCAGAUAUGGCUUCGAGGGAGUCAUACUGUCCAUCUACGGACUGGGUCGCGAGGACCUUCACUGCGACGAGGACGAGACGUGCCACUUCCAGAAGUCGGAGGCCAUCCUCAAAGAGCUGGAUGUGGAGAACGCCAAGCUGUACGUGGAUUUCGUCGUGCUGGGCGUCUUCUUCGUCACGAUCCGCCUCCUCGCCUACUUGGUCUUGCGCUACAAGAUCAGCGCGGAGCGGUAGAGCGGCCGAGCGCGGCGGAGCGGACCACCCGACGGUCUCGAGUCACCUCGGCUAGCAGAGGCACCCGUUCCUACUGCGCAAGGCUGCGCUGAACCACAGUAGCAUCACAUUUAACAUGGAUUUUAGAAACCUGAGUAUCUGCGCACACGUCUCAUCUUGGUGUCCUCGGUACACUUGGAACCGGACAGGGUGAGACGCUGUCCUACAUGGGCACCCUGCCAGGGUUUGGUGCUCCAGUCUGGAACAAGGUGCCGCUUUCUGCUGAUCUCCACGCACUUGCUGUGGUGUCCUACCCCACAUUAGAACUGAACGGCAGCGGCGGCUGCGUGGGUCCGACGCUCGGCACGGCGAACGCCGGAGAGCCCCGAGUCUUCUUCGGCGGCGCGUCCACGAAGCCGAGUCCAAUGAUGAAGACGCACGACCGAGAACCGUAAAGUGAGAGAAGAGAAGAGCCGCACUCUUCGAAAUGCCCGAGAGAGCAGCAGCUGCUCUGCAAAACGUACGGGAGCCUGGGAGCAGUUCUUCGAACACUGGUUGCGCUGAAUGCUCGAGAUCCCGAGUGACUGGCGCCUUUUCGGACUCCUCGGAAAAGUGCGGCGCGUCCCCUCUCGUACUGCGCCCGGUACCAUACGUCUCGUGGCCAUUAGGACACUCGGAUGCACUAAACACAUUUUCCCGGAGUGUCGCAGUAUGAAGGAGAGCUGUUGCUGCGGUUAAUUACCCACCGGUGCCACAUCAUCUCCUGGCUCAGAGCAUUAGUUACACAUGGGCCGAAGUGUUAAACCUUAACGCUGAAAGUACACCAAGGAAAAACAGAAAAUAAUACAAAACACCGCAGCAGUUACUACAGCUCACAUUAAU